CAGCUGACAGACGCCCCUCCCUCCCUAGGAAUGUCUCGGCCCAGCAGGAGCAGUGCCACGACAGCCAAUCAGCUCAGGCCCUGCCCUAGAAACACCACCUGUUAAUCCCCCUCCCUCUAGGCUCACCUUCGCGCAGGUUAGGCAGGUGAAGCGUCUCCCCGGAAACGGAGCUAGAGCACCCCACCUGCUGGGCUCUUCCUGCUCAAAUUGGAUCCAACACAUUCUCGAACCAGCGGUGACAGCUGAGGCCAUGUGAGUUGAUCCUGAAUGAGGCUUUAUCCCUGGCUGUUGGUCCCAUCAUCCUCUGUGGCACCAGCUCCCUCGGCAGGCCAGGAUGGGACAGGCGACCGAGAGAGCCAGAGCCAGAGAGGUAAUGGUGACCUCAGCCUGGGCUAAGAGGAAUGAGGCUCUGGGCCUGCAGCUGACAAGCAGGUGGUGGAUGCACCACGUCAUGAUCUGUACCCUCUGACCCCUGACACUGACCGUCUGUCCUGACCCUGCCUGACCAAGCCAUGUCUGAACCAGUCCAAGUCUCUGCCAUCCGGGAGCUGCCCCCAGAUGUGCUGGCGGAACAGGUGGAGCUGUGGUGGUCCCAGCAGCCACGGCGCUCCUUGUUCUGCUUCAUUGUGGCUGUGGGCCUUGUGGCAGGCUGUGGGGCAGGUGGCGUGGCACUGCUGUCUUCCACCAGCAGCCGCUCUGGUGAGUGGCGUCUGGCAACAGGCACCGUGCUCUGCCUGCUGGCCCUGCUGGUUCUGGUAAAGCAGCUGAUGAGCUCGGCCGUGCAGGAUAUGAACUGCCUCCGCCAAGCCCACCACGUGGCCCUGCUGCGCAGCGGUGGAGGGGCCGAUGCCUUGGUGGUGCUGCUCAGUGGCUUGGUGCUGCUGGUCACUGGUCUGACCCUGGCUGGGCUGGCUGCUGCCCCUGCCCCUGCUCGGCCUCUGGCUGCCAUGCUGUCUGUGGGUAUUGCCCUGGCUGCCUUGGGCUCAUUCCUGCUACUGGGCUUGCUGCUGUAUCAGUUGUGCAUGAGUGGACACUGCCCUCCCUUCCAUGGGCCAGCCUCUGCCACACACAGUGGCACUAGCAGCAUCUUCAGCAUCUCAGGACAGCUGUCUGCUGGCCAGCGUCAUGAGACCACAUCCAGCAUCGCCAGCCUCAUCUGACCAGCCAGAGCCCUUCUUCACACAACUUUCCUUGGUGUCCCCAGAACUGUGCCAGGGUGUGCGUGCGUGUGUGUGUGUGUGUGUGUGUGUGUGUGUGUGUGUCCGUGUGUCCGUGUGUCCGUGUCCAUCCCAGGGCCUUCUGUGUAUGUCAGCCCUUCUGUGGGAUUGUGUGAUCCAGAGCCCAUGUACAUCCAUACAUCCGUAGUACAGGAAAGUGAGUGUGUGCCUUCUUAGAACUGCAUGUUUGUGUCCAUAGACUGUCCCUCUGCCUGUCUGGGGCUGGGGUCUCUCGGCAGAGAAAUGUCUAUGACCCCUGAAGAUUCCUGACCCAACACCCCUCAUCUCCACUUCGCCUUGUAAUACCUGUCAGGGAUUUCCACAGAGAUGUCUUUUCCCCACCCCUGGGACUGCACCAGUGACUGCUCAUCGAGACGAGUUCUGCAGAUAAAGCAGAGGGAACAUUGGCCCCAGACUAAGAUGCACCUGGAGUGGAAUCUUGCUUUGAUCACCUUGCAGCUGGGCAAUGUGAGCAAGUGAUUUAGCCUUGCUAGGCUCAGUUUCUUGAGGUUCAGGUUGCCAUCAACUGAGAGGAAUAAAUGUCAUGAAUGGAAGGAUUGGCUCAUAACAGAUGUGCAAUAAAAUGAGGGCUACUAUUGUCAUAAUCUUCACCCCAGACACCUUCCUUUCCCCACACCCCAACCCCUCCUAGGCUAGCCCUUCCCAC